GGUGACUGUUAAACAUUCAACAGAUGAUGCAAAUUCUGAAAAAAAUUCUUGCUGAGACGAGGAAGCUUUCUGGAAAAGGCUAUUUUCCUCAAGAUGGAUAUAUUAUCCAGUAUCUGCCUGUUCCACCUAAUUGUCUGUCUGUCCCAGAUGUUUCUGAUGGUGUCAGCGUCAUGUCUUCAGUAAGAAAUUGAUCUCUCUAUAUCAUUGCUAAAGAGAGUUCUUAAGCAAAUUGAGGUAAUAGAGACUUCGCAAUUUGGUACCCCAAGUUUUGAGGCCCAUUAAGUGGAAGCCAAUGAUCUGCAAUCUGCAGUUAAUCAGUAUCUGCAAGUUAGAGGCACCACAAAAGCAUCUCGAAGCAUAGAUUCUCGCCUUGGGAUCCAGGAGGCCUCUGAUCCCUCCACCUCAACUAAGGAAUGGCCAGAGAAAAUGCAGACACUGUUAAUUAGAAAAGGUUUUGGAUUCUCUCGAAGAAGUGUGAUCACUGGCGAUUCAUACAAGAGGGUUAAUGAAAUUGGAAUUCCAUCUGAAAUUGCUCAGAAAAUCACCUUUGAAGAGGGGCUUAACAUGCACAACUUGACAUAUCUACAAAAUCUUGUAGAUAACAAGUUGUGUUUGACUUAUAGAGACGGUUCUUUGACAUGGUCACUAAGGGAAGGGUCCAAGGGCCAUAUGUUUUUGAGGCUUGGUCAGGUUGUGCACAGAAGAAUCAUGGACGGUGAUAUUGUCUUUAUCAAUAGGCUCCCAACCACACGAUGUAUUUAGAUUUUUUUUUCAAUAAAAAUAAUUAUAAAAU